UCCUAACUUUACUUCUCUUUCUCCGCUCUCCUACCUUCUCCCUCUCUCUAAACUGAUUCCCCUCCAUCUGUUUCUGCCUUUAAGACAUAAGAAGCGUAUUUGGGACACAUGAAGUCCGGAAACACACCGUGAGCAGACAGGAUGGGAACAUCAGCAGUUAGAAACAGACAGCAGAGAGGGUUCCAGGCUGUGUGGGGCUGAAAGGACAGCGCCCGGUGGUUUGUGGAGCGGGAGCCGCUCAGGGAGGCUGCUGGGUUCCUCUGCUGUCUCUGGCUGAUCUCAGCUCCAUCAUUUUAGUCCAGGAGGCAAACUGGACUAUCUUGCAUGUGUCGGGUCGCUGUGAUCCGCGGAAGGUUAUCUGGUUACAGUCUCUGAGGUGGUGGACUCCUUCAACACUUCAAAUCCUCCGCUGGAGAAGGAAGAUUUGGAUAAAACUCGGAUCUUUCCUCUUUUUUCCCUCACUGAGUCACUUUAGUCCUUUUUUUCUGACUUUGCAGCUUGAAGGGAGCAGUUCUUACCUCCCCCAUCUCCCCCCUCCUUCCCCUGUCCUCUCAUCGGUCUGUGAGGACAAUCCAAGAAGCAGCUCUGGGCUUUGCGCAUCUCAUUCCCUGAACUGCGAGGGAGGAUUACAGAUCUACUAAUUUCCAGGUGGACUUUUUUUGAUGGGGGAUAUCUUUGCAUUUUGGAAGAGAAGAAACAUCCAGUGAUAAAAAAAAUAAAUAAAUAAAGGGGGGAGGCAGAGUCCCCUCCUCGCUGACCCCUGAGGGAGGCUUUGGAGCGGGGAAGUCAAGAAAGGCUAGAAGGAGACACUUUUACAAACAUCUAAGGAAUCAGUAGCUUUCUAGAGCUGGAAUGAAGUGUUCUGAUUGGCUGAUUGAAUAUUGAUCAUCAUCGUCAUCAGGAGGAGAACUUGAACCCAAACCUGCUUCGCUGCGAACUGAUCAGCUGACAGAUGAGCGAUGCAAACUGAUGACUGCUGUAUUGGAGGAGGAAUAAAUCAUCUUCUAGGUGAUCCCGCUCAUUGGAGGCAUAAAGAAAGUAUCAGAGUUUCACCUCAUCCGCUUCUGCUUGGAAACCUUUUCCUACUUCAAAGAGGGAUUUUUAUUUCAGGUUUGGAGAUUGGAAGUUAUUUUUAGAGCGGCUCCUUUCACACCACCAUCCCGGACAGGGACAGGAGGAGACGCAGAGGGAGCGCAGGGUCACCUCCUCCGUCCUGGAAGGAGCGAGGAGCGGGACAGACGGAGGAGAGCGCAGCAGGAACGGUGCGUAAAGGAGCGGACUUCAGCUGCCUGAAGGAAAGAGACCAGAUCUGAUCCGGCUGUUCUUCUGUGACAGAACAGCUCACAUCGUUUUGGAAACGAGCAGAGGAAGAUCUUCACAUUUUUAUUCCUUUAAGGCAGUUUUGUGUUUGGAAUCUGUGGACAGAGUCAGAGGUGGAUAUUGCUGCACGUUUUCCUCCAGUUCAGCACCAUCUGCUGCUUUAGGAAAGCAGGAUUACUUUCAUCCACGCGUCAGGUGCCAGCGGAGAAUAGGGAGAUGAAGACGUUAUCUCUCCUUUUCCUUCUCCUCCUCUUUGCCUCGGGAGCCUGUGAUGAUGUCAAGUACAUCAGCAAGAGAAAUUCAGUGGAUGGAUGCAUAGACUGGUCGGUGGAUCUGAGGGAGUACCACGUCCUGGCCGGGGAGCCCGUUCGGGUCAAAUGUGCCUUGUUCUACAGCUACAUACGAACCAAUUAUACCAUGGCCACCAAUGCCAAGCUGCGGCUCAUUUGGUACAAGAACAAAGGAGAUGCCGAGGAGCCUAUCAUCUUCUCAGGUCACAGACUGAGCAAAGAAGACGACUCCAUCUGGUUUAGAUCUGCUGAACUGGAAGAUAACGGAUUCUACACUUGUGUUCUAAGGAACUCUACAUACUGCAUGAAAGUGUCCAUGUCGAUGACUGUGGAGGAGAGCGAUGAGGGGAAAUGCUUUAGCAGCAAAAUCCGGCAUCUGGAGAUGGCCGAGGUAACCCACAGCAAAAUGAUUACCUGUCCUGAUAUAGAGGACUAUCUGGCUCCCUACAAACAACCACAGAUGACCUGGUAUAAGGAAUGUGAGCGAGUGGAAUGGAGGAGCUCUGUUACUGUUAACACCACACAUAUUUGGAUUCCCGAGGUGGAGGAGGGCGACGGGGGGAACUACACCUGUGAAUUGCAGUAUGGAUCAAGACUGGUGCGACGAACAACGCAACUCAAAGUAACAGCCCUGCAGACGACCCAGCCUCCCAAGGUCCUUUUUCCUCCAGAGAGACAAGACACAGUGAUAGAAAUCACACCUGGUAUGCCCCUCAGUCUGGACUGCAAGGCCUUUUUUGGCUACAGCGGGGAAAACAAGAAGCCCAUCAUCAACUGGAUGAAAGGAGAAAAGUAUGUGGAAGAGCUACCAGGACACAUCAAGGAGAGCGAAGUCCUGAUCUUGAGGGAACAUUUAGGUGAGAAGGUAGUGCAGCUGUCCCUGACAUUUGACGCUGUGGAGGAGGCGGAUCUGGCUAAUUACACCUGUUAUGUUGAGAACAACAUCGGGAGGCGCAGCGGGAGUGCAAUACUGCAGAAGAAAGAUAUGUAUCGCCUGGAGCUGGCGGGUGGCCUCGGGGUCAUCUUGCUGUUGUUGGGUAUCCUGACGGCUCUGUAUAAGUGUUACAACCUGGAGAUCAUGCUCUGCUACAGGAGACACUUUGGGAGCGAUGAGACGGAAGACGAUAAUAAGGAGUAUGAUGCCUAUCUUUCCUACACUAAAGUGGAGCUGGACUCUCUGGGCAGGACAAGCAGUGAUGAGGAGACCUUUGCCCUGGAGAUCCUGCCGGACGUUCUUGAAAAGCAUUACGGAUACAAACUAUUUAUACCAGACAGAGAUUUAAUACCCAGCAGUACUUACAUUGAGGACUUGGCGCGCAGCGUGGAGCAGAGCAGACGCCUGAUUAUCAUUUUGACUCCGGAGUUUGUUGCCAAAAGAGGCUGGAGCAUCUUCCAGAUAGAGACGCGUCUCCACUCCAUGCUGGUGACAGGAGAGAUCAAGGUGAUCAUGAUAGAGUGUGCGAACUUGAAGAAUGUCAUCAAUUACCAAGAGGUGGAAGCUCUGAAACAUACAAUCAAGGUCUUAUCUGUUAUCAAGUGGAGGGGUCCAAAGAGCAAUGAGCUGUCCUCCAAGUUUUGGAAGCAGGUGGUCUAUGAGAUGCCGGCUAAACGCAGAGAGACUCUGUCCAGACGUCAGGUAAUGGACUCUGGUGAACAGGGCCUAUUCGGCGACCUACAGACUACUGUCUCCACUAUUGCCAUGACAACCACCUCUGCCUCUCUAGCGCCCCCUAAUGAGAACCGCCAUGGCCAUCAUCAGCAGGUUGCCUUGGCAACGGAGAUCCCUGACUACAACCAGAUGACCUUGCCAUUAGGAGGGGGUCACACCGCUACAGCAGCCCAAAUGCGGCACUUCUGUCGCAGCUACGAGUUCCAGCUUCCUCCACAGCCUUCUUCUAUGUCUCCACCCCUCCCGCCUCCCUCAACGGUGCAGUUCUCCACCCUGGGCCCUGGGGGGCGUCAUGUGUAUUGCAACAUCCCUAUGACGCUGCUUAACGGGCAGGGGUUGAGAGCAGUUCAGUUGGGAACAAGAGGUGUCUCAGAGCAGUACGCUUGGGAAGAAGCCAGACCUCCACCUCAACAGCACGUUCGUACCGCUCACCAGCAGAGAACUAAGCUCUGACAUCUGGUAGAAUCACCGUUCAGGUGCUACCCCUUUACGUUGGUGGGAUGUUUGACUUUGUACAGACCUUGGAGAGUUGAACGGCUCCUUCAAGAAGACCGCCUAAGGACUGCUCUAAAGUGACCUCAUACCACGCUAUGAACAGAGAACCUCAUAUAGAGUGGAUGAGGCAUUUCUGGAAACUUUUGAACUGUACUGGACAGAGAAAGGUUUUAAACGCAGUUAUGUGCCAUGCCAUUGGGGGGAAAAAUGGGAUUGUACACGAUGGCCAUUGGAAGGGAAUGCAACAGCUGACUGACCCACAGUCCUGCAGAGCAGAGAAAGGCUGUUUUGUUUAGACGAAUGCAUGAACAAAAGUAGUAGAGAUGGAUGAAACGUUCUCGAACUCUGGUGAAUAAGUAUUUGCAGACUGUAGGUCUCCAUUGGUCCAGGCAUCUGCCAAGUUGCAUCCCAGACCACCAAAAAAAAAAAAGGGUUUCCUGAUUACCAUUUGUUUUAGGUUUUUUUACCCCAGUUGUCAUGGAAACAUGGAUUCGGGAGGUUCCUGGACUGGAAUCUCAUUCUUUUCCUGAAUGUUGAACAGUGCUCGGGGAAAACCGUCUACCUGCUGUCUACUGUAGGUGUUUUGGACGGAAAGUCGCCCCCCUUAAACCAAGUCAACCUCUUGAAGCACUGCUCUACAGCUAGCACACUGGAUUUGACUCAUCGAAACUGCGUUGGUUGACUUUGAAAUGUUUUUAUACACAAUGUAAACCGUGUAUUUUUUUUUUUCUUCUAGGAAAUGUUCAAAUAAAAAUAGCCAACCGAGUGAGGCGGUUCCAAACAGAACCAAGACUGCUAACCAUCUACAAUCACCUCAUACAGCUGUAAAAGUAUAGAAGCAAACUGAACUUGGCUUCCUCUAUUUGCAUGAACACCCAUUAGAUACAAAAAGAGGAUCUGAUCAGCAUUGGUAAAAGAUGGAGAAAAAAAAUGGCACCAUCAUUUGUUACAUAUGUUUUGUUCGCCAUGGCGUGAUGGUAACUAGGGACAAAAAGAGGGGGGAGGGGGGAUUUGAAUACCUAUCUCAUGUUUCAUUUUAGGGUUUUAUCCUCUUAGAGGUCAAAGGUUUUUUUCACAAAGUUUCGUUUUUAAUGUCCGUUGGUGACGAGAAUCUCUGUACAGCUUUCCAUUACUUCUGUAUAGAUCUGAACAUGACAGUGCUUUGUUCUCUAGAUUAUCCAUUAGCGGAACUGCAGUAAGUCCAUGUGUUCCUGAGGCGUUUUGGUUUAUGUUCUCUUCCUCUUUUAAUGGAUUGAUCGGCCCUCUAAUGGACUGAUGUUUUAAACUCUAGCGCCACCUGUCAGCCAAAGUUGGACCCAGGCCUCUGAAGCCGCUCCCACCUGAGCUGAAUCAAACAUUCUUCUUUUUGAGCUUUAAAGGAAUUAGACUAGACCGCAGUAUUUAAGCAGUGUGGGUAAUGUUUUGACUUCAGACAGAGGUACUGUCAUCGUCUGCAUAGAACCAAUGAAAUUCUGGACCUUUGAGGAUGUUUGAUACAAUAAUUACUUGUAUGAGUUGUUAUAUUCGAUGGCAAUAUACAGUAUAAUAGUUGUUUUUUUUCCAUUUCUGCUCAUUUCUUGGACUAUUCUUUGAAUAUAUUUGUUGACAUUAUUUAACUGAGAGCAAAUAAAAAAUGCAUUAGUUGUUUUA